GUUACGCCAGGGGCAGAUUUACGGCAGGCUGCCUGUUCAUUGCGACCGUUGGCCGUUGCCGGAAGUGUGUCGCUUGACGGUAGUUGAAUCCAUGUGCGGGGCCUGAGAGUUGGUGAAGAAGAAGAUGGAGCCGGUGCAGGGAGAAGAGAGAGGACGGUGCAGAGAUUUACUUUCACUUGGAAUGGAAGAAGAGGAUUUGUUUCACACUGAACAUGCCUUGACUGCCAGUGAGGAUGAGGAUGCCAGUGAUGAUGAGAGGAGGCAUCAAAAAUUAUUGGAGGCAAUUAGUUCCCUCGGUAACAAGAGAAAGCCGAAGUUGACAGAGAGGACAGAAGCCAGCUUGCAGGUGUCUGAAUUCACGGUCAGUUCAGAAGGUGCUAAUGAGAAGAUUCAGCUAUCAGAUCUGCUGGGAACCAUUAAACCAUCGCUGAGUACUGUGAAAAAACAGCUCAAGACAUUUGAGAAGACAAACAAAACCCUAGACUUACCUCUAAGCAAACAGCAAACUGAAAAGAUUCAAAGGUCAUUGGCAUAUGAGAAAACGUCAAAAGCAGUUACAAAGUGGAAUCAUACUGUGCUACAGAACCGGAGAGCAGAACAGCUCGUCUUUCCACUAAAUGCAGAACCUCUAACUGUCAAACCAGUGGAAGAAAUGAUAGCAGGCUGGAAGGCACGGACACCCUUGGAACAGGAGAUUUUCAGCUUGCUUCACAAGAACAAGCAGCCAGUGACUGUUCCAGCAUUGACAGCUGCAGAACAAGCUUCUGUCCGAGCUAUGAGCCUAGAGGAGGCAAAGGAACGUCGAGCUGAGCUGCAGAAAGCAAGGGUCCUUCAGUCCUACUAUGAAGCUAAAGCAAAAAGAUCAAAGAAAAUCAAGAGCAAAAAAUUCCACAAAGUGAUGAAGAAGGUUAAACAGAAAGAGAUUUUGAAGCAGUUUGAAGAACUAAAGAAAACUAAGCCUGAGGAAGCUCUUGAAGAACUGAGUAAAAUGGAGCAAAGACGAAUAGAGGAACGAAUGACACUUCGACAUCAAAACAGUGGAAAGUGGGCCAAAUCUAAAGUUAUCAUGGCAAAAUAUGACGCGGAGGCUCGCAGUGCAAUCCAGAAGCAGCUGGAGAAGAACAAAAUGCUCACAACAAAAGUCCUAGUUCCAUCAGAUAGUGAGGAUGAAGUUGUACCGAAGGUGGACAGGGAUGAGACUGUUCCAGAUUUUGUGAAUGAUGCUGAGAUGAACACAGUAGCAAAUCCUUGGAUGGUGGGAAGAUUGAGUGCUGAUCCAAAGAGUUUUGAAGCACGAGAAACUGAGCUUGUCAUUCCUGCAAAAAUUGAUCAGAAUGAAGGAUCAGAUGAUGAGGAGGACCUCUCUGAAGAUGAGUUACUGCUGCAAGAGUUUGAGAAAAAACGGACAAUUCGUAAAGAAGGUGAUGGUGAACUGGCUGGAUCAUCUGCUAUUGUAGAUGAGAGCAAAGAUGAUGAAAGUAUGAAAAAUAAUGACGAACGGGAAAGGGCAGUCCCUGGUGACCAAAGUGAGAAAGAGAAACAUUUUGAAGAAGACGUGAAUGAGUUUAAUCACCUUUUUCGGAAAUUGAUUGAGAAUAAAUCUGAACCUACGUCAAGAAACCCUAAGAAGUAUCAAAGAAAAAGCAAGGAAAUGUCACUUGAGAAGAGUGAGGAGGAUGCACAGACACUAGAAAACCAAGAAGAACCAAUACUCGAUGAACAGUUAGAGCGCAAAAGGACAGUGGAAGAUUUGGAAACUUUGAUUCAGGAAGAAUGUCAUAAUCUUAAUGAGGCCUCAGCCUUGAAUACACCACGGCUCAGUGGAGAUGCGAUCAAUUCAGAAAAUAAAACAAAUGCUACAACAGAAGUUAGAACAAACCAUCUCAUCAAUCCUAAGAAAGUAUUGAAUAUUACAUCCAAAAUCAUUAAAAUGCCUUUGGUUCCUACAGCAGUAGAAGAGGAGAAUGAAGAAUAUGAGGACCAGCGCAUGGUCAUUCAGGAGGCCUUUGCAUCAGAUGAUGUCAUUGAUGAUUUCAUAAAAGAUAAGCAGAAACAGAUUGAUGCUAGCAAACCAAAAGACAUUGACUUAACCUUGCCAGGGUGGGGUGAAUGGGGAGGACAAGGUCUCCAACCAAGUGGAAAGAAAAGAAGAAGGUUCCGCAUUAAAGCUGCUCCACCUCCACCCAGGAAGGAUCAAAAUUUGCCGAAUGUUAUAAUCAAUGAGAAGCGAGACAUUGGAGUUGCGGCACACCAGGUAAAUGAACUACCUUUCCCAUUCUCACAUCAGAAUCAGUUUGAGAAGAGUAUCUGUGCCCCUAUUGGGAGUACAUGGAAUACUGAGAAAGUCAUGCAGAAAUUGACGCUGCCAAAAGUUGUGACAAAAAUGGGAACAAUAAUUGAACCAAUCUCUGAAGAUGAUCUGCUUCAAGAGAAGAAGAAAAGUGUGAAAUCAAAAGUAGGACAGCAUCCUUGUAAACACAGAAAAAUGCAGAAGAAAUCAUUUCAUUGAUGAUAAAAAGAAUUGUUGCUUCCACCACAAAGCUAGUCAUUUCUGGAGUAUCCAGCUGAUCUUGAUAAUGGAUUUUUAUCAUUCCCUUACAGAAUGUAUGUUAGUUAAAUCUGGCAUCCGGACCAGAAUUUUGUCUUGGCUAUAGCACAAUUUGUGGAGGUGCCUAGUGGAAUGAUGAAGGAACAGAUCGAAACAAGUCAUCACACAUCACAAUAAAAGUAACUUUAUAAUUAUCAUUUGGAAAGUCUUUACCUUGCACAUCAUAUAGGAGAAGCUUAUUUGUGAUGGCCCCUACUAUUGUAGGUGAGCCUCAUGCCUGUAUGGUACCAGGGAAGGGUAAGGCACUCCUGGAUAGAUUGGGAAAUCUAUAAACUAUAAUGUUUGGUACUAGAAAGAGAAAUAUUCCUCCAACAAAAAUGCAGGGUUACACAAGAGUAGAGAUGGAGAGGUGUGGUUUUUAAUGUCCACUUCUUGUCCUUUCCUGAAAUGUUUUCCAACCAGGAUAUCAUUACACAGAUGAUGUACUCAAGUACCUUUUAGUAAUGUGAGAUCUCGGUGACUGCUUAUGGGUUUAAACUGAAGUGAGUCUAAAUUGGUCCAAUACUUGAAUUUCCCCUGAGAAUUAGGGGGAAACUGUUUUGGAGUACAAGUAAAAAGUGGGCUCUGGAACAAAAGGUUGAGUGGAUCCUGUGGAACUAUAGCUCCGUGUGAAUAGAUAUCUGCAGGAAAAGAGGAAUAGUGAGAGCGUUGAUAUCAUCCUCCAAUUUAAUGGGUCAAAUAAACUGAACUGUGAAAAGCUCUGCUCUGAGUAGCCUUAAGCAGUUAGAAUUAUGGAUUUCUCAUUAAAAUUUAUUGUGAAAGAAUGGAGUGUCAUCUAUUGUUUUUACACAACUGAAUGUUAUAAUAGUGACCAGUAAUUAAAUACUAUUGCUGAUGAAA